UUUAGCAAAAAGAAAUGUGUACAUGUAAAAGCUUCUGUCAUUUCAACUACCAAAACCUUUUUGGAUUUCCAUAAUCUCCAAUUUAAGGGUUUGAUGGGGUUUCAAGUUUGGUGGUUGGACCCUUUUGCCUUAGAUGAAAUCAUCCAAGUGGAAACCAUGAACAAAUCUCCAGCACAUCAGCAAUAUGAGACAAGUGAUUGUUCUUAUGAAUUUGAUCCUCAGGUGAACUUUUCACAGUUUCUAGAAGAAGCAAGACAACAUGCAAGAGACAUAAACUUGCAGCGGUCAUCUUCAUGUUCAGAGGAAGUGGGGAAGAAAAGGUUGGGAGCUGAGAAAAAGAGCAAGAAGUCAUGGAGGAUUUCACUCUUCUCAUGGUGGAAAAUUAACGGAAAGAGCAAACCUGGUUCGGAUCCUGUCCAUGUUCCUAAUCCUUCCAAGCCAACUAAAGGUUAUGGUUCGGGCCCAUUGUGUAGAACCACAAGGGGAAUCAAAACACGGCACCAGCGUCCAUCAUCAGGGCCAGUCUCCAUCCUUUUCACCCCCACAAGGAAAAUGGAGAAUGAGGUGCCUUACAUGAGUCUUGACCAGCCUAAUGAUCCUUAUCAUAUCAACACCUAUGGACCUGUUUAUUUGGUAACAUAGUGUAUCAAAUAGAGUGUACUUGACACGGGGUUUCUGCAUUAGUUUAGCCAAGAAAAAUGUUGCCCCACCUGCAAAAAACUAGGAAACUUUUGUGACAUUGAAUGAGGUAAGUAGUUGGAUCUUUCAACAAUAUGAAUCUCAGUUCUGAAAAAAGAUACAUGGUGGGACAUUUGACGCAGGAUUUUGUAAGUAGUAACUAGAACCAGCUCUCCUAGUUGUGGAAAAUGAUUUUUGUAGCCAUUGAACUUCAAAGACUCAAUGAUGGUUACACCAUACUAGCACCUAUUGUUGCA